GGUGGGCGGGUUUGACUGGCUGUAGGGUCCGCGCCGUCGGUGAAUGGCGUUGGUGGCGGGAAAGUUGAGUUCCUGGUGCGCCGAGCCUACGGGGCGAUGUGUAGUGACUUCCAUAGGACUGAGUCUGGGACCGAGCUCCUUGCCCGACUUGAAGGUAGAAGUUCUUUGAAAGAAAUAGAACCAAGUCUGUUUGCUGAUGAAGAUUCUCCUGUGCAUGGUGAUAUUCUUGAAUUUCAUGGCCCAGAAGGGACAGGAAAAACAGAAAUGCUUUAUCACUUAACAGCACGAUGUAUACUUCCCAAAUCAGAAGGAGGCCUGGAAGUAGAGGUCGUAUUUGUUGAUACAGAUUACCACUUUGAUAUGCUCCGUCUUGUUACAAUCCUCGAGCACAGACUAUCCCAGAGCUCUGAAGAAAGGAUCAAGUGCUGCCUGGGAAGACUGUUUCUGGUGUACUGCAGUAGCAGCACCCACUUACUUCUCACGCUUUACUCACUAGAAAAUAUGUUCUGUAGUCGCCCGUCUCUUUGCCUUUUGAUUUUGGAUAGCUUGUCAGCUUUUUACUGGAUUGACCGCGCCAAUGGAGGAGAAAGUGUUAACUUACAGGAGUCUACUCUGAAGAAAUGUUCUCAGUUCUUAGAGAAACUUGUAAAUGACUAUCGCCUGGUUCUUUUUGCAACCACUCAAACUCUAAUGCAGAAAGCCUCAAACUCGGUGGAAGAACCUUCUCAUGCCUCCCAACGCCUGUGUGACGUGGACAUAGACUACAGACCCUAUCUCUGUAAAGCAUGGCAGCAAGUGGUAAAGCACAGGAUAUUUUUCUCCAAACAAGAUGAUUCAAAAAGCAGAAACCAAUUUUCAUUAGUUUCACGCUGUUUAAAAAGUAAGAGUUUAAAGAAACAUUUUUUUAUUAUUGGAGAAAGUGGGGUUGAAUUUUGUUGAUAUAUAUCAUAAAGUAGUCUUUUGCAGGGUAUUAUGCAAGUCUUAAAGUUUUUCUUUUUUAAGACAACAUCUCGCUCUAUAUUCCAGGCUGGAGUAUAGUGGCACAAUCAUGGCUCACUGCAGCCUUGAACUCCUGGCCUCAAGGGAUCCUCCUAUGUGUGCCUCCCAGAGUGCAGGGAUUACAGGCGUGUGCCACUGCACCCGGCCAAAAGUUUUCUCUUUUUUUUUGAGACAGAGUCUCACUCUGUCACUCAGGCAGGAGUGCCGUGGCGCGAUCUUGGCUCACUGCAACCGCUGCCUGCUGGGUUCAAGUGAUUUUCCUGCCUUAGUCUCCCAAGUAGCUGAGAUUACAGGCGCCCACCACCAUGCCCGGCUGACUUUUGUAUUUUUAAUGGCGACUGGGUUUCACUAUGUUGGCCAGGCUGGUCUCGAACUCCUGACCUCAAGUGAUCCACCUGCCAUGGCCUGCCAAAGUGCUGGGAUUAUAGGCGUGAGCCUCCGCGCCGGCCCUAAAGUUUUAAACUCUAGGGUAAUUAACAGUAUUUCUUUACAGAAUGGAUUUGUUAAAACUAGUACAAUAAAACUAAAGACUAUUCUGUUUCUAGGCUGUUGAAUCAAAGUGGUAUUAACAAUUAAACUUUGUGUUAA